ACCAAAGUGCCCUAUGUUACAAUAGUGCCCUGUUUGAGGUUACCAAAGUGCCCUAUGUUACAAUAGUGCCCUUUUUGAGGUUACCAAAGUGCCCUAAAAUGUUACAAAAGUGCCCUUGCGUUUAGCUCUCUCUCUCUCUCUCUCUCUCUCUCUCUCUCUCUCUCUCUCUCUCUCUCUUUCUCUUUUUUUUUUUUUUGCACGCUUACAUGUAAAUGACCGCGUAAUAGAAAAACUACCAUUAUCAUUGCUACCACAAAGCUGGUACAAUUCACUUUCUACUGCUCAAUGCGUUUGAGAGGAUUUAAUUUUAAAGAGAUUUACUUUUUUUAUAAACAGAUGCUGCAACUGCUUUUUUGGAGUGGAGUCAAAAUCAGCUUUGCUCAUUUUACAACAGUACCGCGAGCCAGUUAAUGAUUACUCCUUGGGACCGGGAUAAUACCAUGGACAUUGAUGAGGUGUAUGUACAGUUAACACUGCUAAGAGAUUACAGAAAACUUGCUGGAACAACACAAAAAAGGCUUCAAGAUUACAGUGAGCUAUUCGCAAGCCAUGGUCAUCACCUAAUUCCUAAGAGAAUUUUAGUGUAUGGGAGACCAGGAAUAGGAAAGUCGACUUUCACAAAGAAACUCGCCGUUGACUGGUCACGAGGUAAUAAAGAAAUCCUAAAGAAGUUUGCUGUUGUACUUUUAAUUAAGCUCCGAGAUCUUUGCAACACGCAGGACUUCUGUGCCAUGCUACAAAAGGCGGAGCUGUUGUCCGCAGGUGACCCUAUGGUGUUUGGCCAAUUGUAUGAAUACAUUCUUUGUAACCAAGAGAAAGUCCUACUUAUGUUAGACGGUUAUGAUGAAUAUAGCGCCGAAAUAUCAUCGCCAGUCCAUCAAAUUUGGAAAGGCAGUCUAUUGAGAGAUUGCACUCUCCUUGUGACUACCCGACCUCGGAAAAAAGAUGAAUUAAGACCAGAAAGUCAUGCUCAGUUUGAAAUUAAUGGGUUUGAUCAGUGGCAAGUUGAAACAUUUGCUCUUAAGUUUCUUCAUGACCAAACAAAAGUAGACAAGUUCACCGCGUUCUUGAGAAAGCACAGCCUCUGGGGUUUAGCAGAAAUACCACUUCUUCUGUUGAUGUUGGUUCUAAGCUGGAAGGUUUAUGAUUAUCAAGGACCAUCAACAUCCCGCGCAGAUGUGUAUAGCGGUUUCUGUCGGACGCUGCUUGAUCACGUGACCGCAAAAGCCUCAGAUGAGACAUUUACAAGCAUGGAUGAAUACAGAGAAGACCUUGUAAAGCUAGGGGAACUUGCCUGGCAGGCACUUUUAAAUGACUGUCUUUAUUUCAAGCUCAGCAAUUUGCCUGAGGACAUUCGGUUAUUCCUUGACAAGUUUAUCGAUUUUGGCUUUCUGCAGACUUCUAAUCAUUCAAACUCUCCUCGUCCUGAGAAACUGGCGGUCUUUCUUCAUAAAUCGAUGCAAGAAUUCCUUUCCGCCUUGUUUUUAGUUCGUGAUUUGAAGAAUGCAAAGGAAGCCUUCAACUGUCUGUCUAAAGUCGACUCAAUUAAACGGUUCGAGGAGGUGCUUGAAGUUUUCAAAUUUGUUUCGGAGUUGUCAUCAGAAGCCACCGUUGCUAUUUUUCGCCAUCUGAAGAUGAUAGGAGAAGAAGAAGGUCUGACAGAUAACAACUUCUGCAAAAACCCUUCUGUCAAGAAGCUCACAGAAAAACAAACAGAGUUUUAUCGUUCUUGUCUCAAUUUUUUCCUUUGCCACCCUGUCUCAGACAGGCAAGUCGCCUAUCCUUCUUUCCUACAAAGCGUUAGCGGUGUUAUAAUGAUAGAUGUUAAAGAACACCUGCCUACAGUUGCUAGAGAACAUUGUUUGAGAUCAACAAGUUCCCAUAAGCCAGAUUAUGUAUUUUUUACACGAGGCAGGGAUACACAGAUAUGUAUUUAUGACGAUGAGCGUGAUCACACGUUCUCAAUGUUCUCUGUCAUGUCCGAUGUGGACACUGUUUUUGUGACAUGUUAUGGUGACGUGAAAUCCGUGAAUAUGUUCCCCAAUCUACGCCCUGACGACUUUUUCAUAAAGAAAGCUGGACAUCGAUCAGUGUUCUGUUUAACUCGCUCUCAUUUCAACGAAGAGAUCAUUCGGCAAAUUAUUGAGCCUAAAUCAUUAAUAUCAGCACCAAAGUCUUCUCGUCAAGAGCCUGAUCACGUGUCACAGAAUCAUGAUGUUUGCAGCUCUUUGCAUUUAACUGAGAAAACAUCUGACCAGACUCUGACACACUCUCUGUCAUAUUUGAGAGAGAUUAAAAGUUGGGGCCCAAGAAGUGAACUUGUCUGUUUACUGAAUAUUCUUAACCGUGUGCCUCGACUCUCUCAGCUCGUUUUAUGUGGUGGUGGUAUAGGGAAUCAAGAGUGUCAGUUACUUGCCACUGCUUUAAAGUAUGUUGAUAAGUUACGUGUACUGGAGUUAUCAUGUAACCCACUCGGUCACGGGAUAAGUGAGCUUGCCAAACAUCUUCACAGUGUACCUCAUCUGAAAGGGCUGCACCUGGAUGAUACACAGAUGGGUGAAGAGGAAGUCACAGCUUUAGCCCAUAGUUUAAAGCAUUUGACUCAGCUGAGUCUACUUCGGUUAAAUAAGAACCCACUCUGUCACGGGAUGAGUGAGCUUGCUAAACACCUGCACAAUGUACCUCAUCUGAAAGAGCUGUACCUGUAUGAUACAGAGAUAGGUGAAGAGGAGGUCACAGCUUUAGCCCAUAGUUUACAGCAUAUGACUCAGCUGAGUAUACUUACCUUAUCAAACAACCCACUCGGUCACGGGAUAAGUGAGCUUGCCAAACACCUGCACAGUGUACCUCAUCUGAAAGAGCUGUACCUGAGUGAUACACAGAUGGGUGGAGAGGAAGUUACAGCUUUAGCUAAUGUACUCGUCUACGUACCAGAACUGACCUUCCUUUGGCUUGACAAAAAUCCACUGGGCCGUGGAGUGACUGAACUAAUCAAGUGUCUCAGAAGUGGUCCUCGCCUUCCUCGGCUCAGCCUCAAACACGUUCAACUGACAAAGAAAGAAGCCACUGAGCUGUCUACAUUAGCAAAGGAAAGGGACAUGUUCUUGAGGUCAGAGUAUCAUGUAAGUUUCUCUUUUGUAAUUUGCAUUAUU